AUGCGACGUAGACCAAUUGACAGGGGAAAGUUGGGACCAGUUGCAGUUGGAACUGGAGCUGCCAAGGGCUUGGAGGCUCUGAACACCGUAAGCCCAGACAGUCGAACGCAGCAGAGCAAUCAACAACAAGACGACCGCACGAAUCAGAACAAGAAACACCCCCGAACCUCUGGCCUGUCAACAGUCUCGCUCACCGCCUUCCGCGGCAAAAGCUACGGCGAAAGACUUCGACUUCCUCCCACCACGCCCAUCUUUGCGCUCAUUCUCUUUGCGGACGCAAUCCAUCUUAACCAUGGCGGCGGAACAGAGAAAGCUGCUGGAGCAGCUCAUGGGAGGUAUGUCCGCUGCACCGCGCUCCAGAUCCGGAGCGCCUAUCUAUCCCAAUAUGCUCGCCGAACAGAACUAACAACGCUUUUUCCCCCAACAGCUGAUCAGCUCAUUGGCACUGGCGCCCAAGGUCGCAAUUCCCAGCUGACCAUCACAGACCCCAAAGUCUGCCGUUCGUACCUCGUGGGUACUUGCCCACACGACCUUUUCACCAACACCAAGCAGGAUCUCGGACCUUGCCCCAAGGUGCACAGUGAGGGCCUGAAAACGGAGUACGAGACGGCCUCGCCAGCAGAAAAAGCAAAAUGGGGAUUCGAUUUCGACUAUAUGCGCGAUAUGCAAAAGUACAUCGACGACUGUGACCGGAGAAUCGAGACGGCGCAGCGUCGGUUGGAGAAGACGCCUGAUGAGAUCCGGCAGACGAACGAUCUUGUACGUUUUCCCGGUCUGCUCGAAGCGAGAUGUCUCAACUAA